GUCGCAAGUCGUGUGGGUUGUUUUUUCGCUCUACUUUCUGAGACAGUUCAUGGCGGUCCAGCCGAACCAUCCGUUGGUGAGAAGGUUACUGCAAUCUCGCUAAUUUUUCAAAACCCAACAGAUGGUUGCACUGAUGGAGACGUAAGACCGGUGAGUGGUACGAGGCGCGAUGGACAGCUGGCAACGGGGGAUAUUGCGGGAUCUAUUGAGAUCUGCGAGAAUCAGCUCUGGAAAAAGGUUGUCUUGUGCCUCCAUCAUGAGCAGUGGACAAUGGAAACUACCGCAGUUGCCUGCAGAGAACUAGGAUAUACUGCUGGAGAUGCAUUUCCAGUGGUAAGGCAGGUGACGGAAUCAAGUAGGAGACUGUCAUACAUGCCUCAGUGUGUUGGUGAGCAAAGUGGCAGUUGUGAUGCUCCCGUGGUGAUCAGGUGCUCUAUGAGCAGCUCUAAAUCCACAACUCAACUGUCUUCCACUAUGACCGCUCCCAAACUGUUAGCGUCAUCAACCAGCAAACCUGUUCCAGUCCAACAUUCGUCAACUUAUAAUGCCACAAUGUUUAAACCCCAGCCCUCUGCAACAAAGGCAUCUUCCACUGCCACCUACAGUUUUGUUACGGAUUUGUUCCCUUCUUCCUCUACCAAUUCUUCCUCUGCCACUUCUUCCUCUCCACUUUAUGAUGUCCCUGGAGCUGUGGGUGUGGCAGUCGGAGGUCUGGUGGUUCUUCUUCUCGCAGCAGCCGUGACGCUUCUUGUCCUUCUUCUACUCUGCAGAAAGAAAAAGAAGUUUCUACCUCAGCCUGCGGUGUAUGACAUGGUCCUCCCUGUGUCACCUUGCACCAGAAAUACUCUUGCUCAGCCCUAUGAGGUUCCAGUCUCAAAUAGGUCGAGGAAUUACUCCAAUUCUCAAGAGACCGAGUGUUUCACACCUACAGCUGGCCAGCCACCCUUUAAUGAUGGACGAUAUAACAGACUUAUUCACUUUCCAGCUUCCAACUCUACGGUCACUGCCAGUUUCAUGUGUGCUUCAGUCAACCUUGAGAGAGUGAUGCCUUCUUCGUUCCAAGCCCAUCAAAGCAGGGGCCAAUCCUCCAAGGGGAAGUGUCCCAUCUACCACAAUGUGGUCAUCUCGAGAAAAAGUGCAGCAGAGUACCAAUACAAUGUUCCAUCACAGCACCAAUACGACACUCUGGGAGAAAAAGUGGCUGAUGACAAAUGUACUGCUCUAGAGAGACCAACACAGAAAGCAACAAAGAUCUUUGACGGAAAGAGUGAGUAUGACGUUCUCGAGCCUCAAAAGACUAGAUUGUAGUGGCACUACUGUGACCCUGUGAACCAUUAUUUAUGGUGACCGUCGCUCAUUAGCAUGAGCCUAGCUUAUUUCUUCCCGACAUAUAAGCCCGUUAUGUCUUUGCAUCUUGUUCCAUUACUGUGUAUCCUCAAAUGUUAUCUCAUUGGCGAACACUAAGCCAAGUUACUCUUCCCUCGCCCACCACUGACUACA